AGUGUUUUGUUUUGAUGCACCUGAAUAAAGAAGACGACACAAAACAUCAAAAUAUAUCCGGGUAGCCAUUUUCUGUUUCGUCCGAAGUAGAUAUCUUUCAAGAGGUUUCAGGCUACAAACAACGAUGAAUUUGGGUAGAAAGUUAAAGAUUUUUGCAGUCAUUACUUUCAUAGGGGUGAUGUUGAUGACUGUUUCGUUCGUCAGUCCAGGAUGGGCAAAUGUUUCCGUCACGGAAAAACCACAAUACUUUUCCCCCUUUUCCCACUGGAGUCCGGAGAAUGGACAGGAACACGUUCACUUAUCGGUCGGACUGUGGUAUUUUACUAUCUGUUUCCAUAGAUCUAAGAAUGCUUACCCGCGUUACAUGCCUGAUGCCAACUUUGAAGAUGAUAGCUGGAUGCUUGAACAGAGGAGAGAAGAUUCUGGGAGAGAGAAGAAAUGUCAUGUGUCCACCUAUCACAGUCACAGAGAAUCGCCUUUUAUGUAUUCAUUCCCCAGCUCUGUGUAUACGGAAGUGAAAGGAUUGGGUCUGAAGGGACUGUUGGAAUUCCAGAUUAUCUCGUCUUUAGGAAUGUUUUUUGGGGUUCUUGGUUUCAUCGGCAGUAUUGCUUACACCCGUAGUCUGGCGAGGUCAAGGUGUGCAGGAUUACUGGCCUGUAUCAGUCUCAUCGUCUCAGGUGGAACCUAUAUUGCGGCUGCUGUAAAGACGGCCACCGUGGCUCACGGUUACAAAGUCCUAUUUCAGUACAUGUACAAGUCGACACUUCUACACCUCCACUGUCCGUGGGCCCUUAUCCUUGGAGGCGUGGGAGGAAUCUUCGUCCUUGUUUCCGCAGUUGCGCACUUGUGCAUCCUGUCCAGAAACAAGACAAACGACGACAUACAAGUCUACCAUAUUCACAAAGGAACAAACCAGGGUAUCUUUUCCCAGCAUGCUUACACAACCAUUGCGCCCCCUGGUUAUACUGCUACUGUCGGGUUAAAAGUGCCACUGAUAAGCGCAGUGGAGAAACCUGAAGAGGCCGGACCUCUUCCAGAAAAAAAGUAGAAUUCAGUUUAAAAUUUUGCUGUACCAUUUAACUCCUGCAUUUGUGGCCAUAUUGACUACUUUAUUGUAGACGCAUAUUAUUCUCUUUCAAUCAACAUUAUUGUUAUUUUUUGACAAUCUUCUUCUUUACAUCACAUAAAUAUGUAUAAUGAGACUCGGCAUAUGUUUUCUACGAAUAUUGUUAUCAUACACUGGAAUUUUGUAAACUUGCUCAUCACCAGUAAAUCAUAGAUAUAUUUA